UAUCGGCCUUUAGAAACUCUGUGUAGCUGACAGUGUGAAGAUUUCACACUGUUAGUCCUAAUUUACUUGUGAUAUAGUUGGGAUUCCUGCAUUAAAAGUAGAGUGUAGCUAUGUGGGUUGUGCUGCUGUAGUCUGUAGAAUAGAAAAAGAUCUGGAUACAAAGCAGUGUCAGUACAGUAACAGUGGAAAAACAGGCUUGGAUUCUCCCAGAUCUUCUCUUCCUGGAUACCGCUGAUUUACAGCUUCCCAAAUACAGCUUCUAACCUACUCGCUCGCUGAUGGAAGCUGGAAAAUUUAAAUUCUGCACCUACAGAGAAGAUAAACUUCAGGACAUCUAAAUGUGUGAUGUGAGAUAAAAUUCCUCACAAAGGUGUGGACAAGUAAUACAGAGUUCAUCACCCAAUGUCAAAGAUGUUGUCAGGCUGUUCUUCCUGUUAGAAACUCCAUCAUCCCAAAUCUCAGGGGCAUGCUCUUCUUUUGGACCAUGGAAACUUUUACCCAGGAGCCAGGAUGUGUCCUGUAACUGAAAAUAGGACUGCGUCCUUAAAGCGCACCAAGUCAUUACAAGACCUUAUAAAUUUUGACAGAGGACAAGGUCCUGCUACUGCAGAAAGGGACAGGUUUCGUCUUUUGGACCAAGGAAACUUUGAGCCUGCCAGAUCAGAUGUCUCCAAAAGGAAACCUGUGAAUGUUGCCGCAUUUCUGGUAAUUCUGAUAAUUCUGAUGAAAGUCUCCAGUGUUCUCAGCCUCACAUGUCAUCAAGCAGAGUAUCAGAUAGGAAAUGAAUGCUGUCCGAAGUGCCUUGCAGGGAGUCGAGUGAAAAUGCACUGUAAUGAGUAUAGAAGUACGUCAUGUCUGCCAUGCAUGGAUGGAACCUUCACUGAUCAACCUAAUGGCCUGGAGCGAUGUAUUCCCUGUACAAACUGUGACUCAGCUCUUGGUCUGAGGGUAAACAAGCAGUGUACAACAACAUCAGAUACAGUCUGUGAACCACUGGAGGGAUUCCACUGUGUUUCUUUUGUAAGACUCAGCUGUGACAUAGCGCAGAAACACAAACGCUGUAAACCAGGACAGUACAUCAGUCAGAAAGGAACCGCCUCCACAGACACUGAGUGCUCUGACUGCAGCAGUGGAACAUUUUCAAAUGGAACAUUUCACUCCUGUCAGCCACACACACAAUGUCACCUAUUCAACCUUCAGCUGGUAACAGCAGGCACAUCUGCAGCUGACGCUCAGUGUGGAGAACACAGUUUUAAUGUGGGAGCAGCUGUUGGUGUAGCUGUGUGUGUUUUAAUUGUAAUUACUGGAGGAGGGGGAUUAUUAUUAUGGCACUUAAAAAAGAGGGCUCCGUCUAACAGACCACCAAUCAAAGAACAAGGCACAGAUGGGGAGCGUUUAGCGAUGGCAUCAUCAGAAGGUGAUAAAAGAGCAAAUGCAGACCAUAAUGAAGGAAUCCCUCUGUGAGCCAUCUACUUCUUUCUGUGCUGUUUCAUGUGUUGUGGAGAAAAAAGUGAUCCAGCUACCUCAUAAAACACUGUAGCAGACUUGCAUCACAUCCUCCCUCCACCACCAGUCCACCAAUACUAUGAUGAUCUUUUGUGGGGCCAUCUUAAAAGAUAUAAAACACAUAAACAAUUACAAGAACUUAUGUACUGGUCUGAAAUGAGUCUGAAUGUGUACAACGCAGUUGUACAAACUGUAGAGAUUACCUGGAAAGCUCCAACAAACUUUGUUCAGCAGGCCUGCAGAAGUCCUAGGAGAAAACCUCAUGGGACCCCUUACCUACAGUGUCGGUGGAAACCUGUAUUUAAUAGUCUUAACAGGCUGGAGGGGACUGUUAUCGCUUUAUAAAGUGUCAGCAGAAACCAAAGCUCACAUCCUAACCAGAGAAAUACUCCCCUGCUGGGUUAUACCAGCUUACAUCCUCUUAGACCGGGACCAACUGUUCAUAUCCUCGGAGUCUAAAGAAUCCUGCAGACUGUGGAAUCUUCAGCUGAAUCCUCCAUGUCAUCCUGAAACCAAACUGACUGAAAGUGUUGUUCCUCUGGGGUCAGAUCUUCAUGAAGCAGUCAGGUUCUUUGUGAGUCUAUUCUGUGCAGCAGCAGAGAGAGAGAGCAGCAGACAGGAGAGACGAUACUGGAGCUGUUAUCAUCAGUGUGCACAUACAAACGUUCCCUGUUUAUGAGAUAUACAUGGGAUAUUAUUAUAGGAAAUAUCAGUGACUUCCUGCUGGAUCUGUACUCUGAUGUGAAGAACUGUGAAACUAGAACAGGCUUGAGUGUCCUUCCAUCAUUACAGUCAGUUUUACAAUCAGUUCCUGCAGUCUGGUUCAUAAAGCUCUCAGAGAGAAAGACCUCCAUCCUCCUGGAAGUGCUGAAACUCCAACCAGAGAAGAAACAAGUGGAGCUGAAACUUUGCAUGAUAUAUGGAAGAAAAACACAAAACUGGAUCUGCUGAUAGCUUCAUCAUUCCCUGCAGUUCAGAUCCUGCACUUCUUACAGUGACACCUUUACCUAAAAACACUCAAUAAUAACAAAAUGUUUUUUAUGCUUCUUAUUAAAACCUGACUUGAUUACAAAGACUUGAUCAGGUCUGAACCUUUCCCCUUAACCAGCAGCAGCAGUGCUGUGAUUUCUGAGAAAUAUAAAAACUGUUGCAAUUGUAAAACUUUACUACUUUACUUCUGUCAGUCUGUCCCAGGGCAGCUGUGGCUACAACUGUAGCUUGCCU